CAAAACGACGGGACGACCACACGCUCACUGUCUCCCAACGAGCGGCCGGCGUUCCUCAUCUUCUCUAUCGUCGGGAGCGUGACAAGCAUUGUGCGGAAAUGGGCGAAUGGAAUCUCUUGGGCCGCCUGCUGGACAAAGUGCAGUCGCACUCCACCAUCAUCGGAAAAGUCUGGCUCACGGUUCUCUUCGUCUUCCGCAUCCUGGUCCUGAGCACGGGCGCCGACAGGGUGUGGGGCGACGAGCAGUCGGACUUUGUGUGCAACACGCGACAGCCUGGCUGCGAGAACGUGUGCUACGACCACGCCUUCCCCAUUUCGCAUGUGCGCUUUUGGGCCCUGCAGAUCAUCGCCGUGGCAACACCCAAGCUGCUCUACCUGGGCUAUGUCCUCCACGUCAUUCACGUCGAGAAGAAGUUGAAGGAGCGUAUGCGGAAGCACGCGGAGCUUGACGACCAGGCUUUGUUGUUCCUUCAGAGGAGCUUCAAAAUGCCAAAGUACAUCAAGAGCAGCGGAAAGGUAAGCAUCCGGGGACGCCUCCUUCGUGCCUAUGUCCUCCACCUGCUGGCCAAAAUCGCCCUGGAGAUCGUGUUCGUGGUGGGCCAGUACUUCCUCUACGGUUUGACGCUGGACGCCCGCUACGUGUGCUCGCGCUCACCGUGCCCCCACCAGGUGGACUGCUUCCUGUCCCGACCUACCGAGAAGACCAUGAUCAUUUGGUUCAUGCUGGGUGCCGCGUUGCUUUCGCUGGCCUUGAGCGUGGCCGAGCUGCUCUACUUGUGCGUCAAGGCGGCCAGGGAGUGCGCCGCCCGGCGGCGCGACUACACAGUCACGCCCGUCACGCCCGUCACACCGGCGCCACCCGCGUCUCAGAGAAAGGCUUACACGCUGAGAGAAGACGCCGUCACGCAGAACGGAAUCAACGCUGAGCUAGAGAUGCAGGGACGCAAGUUUGGGGUCAAUGCGGCCAAUGAGAUGGCGGGGAAAGGGUUGCUGGGCAACACGGGGGAAGUGCAUAUCUGAGCAAGGUGUCCCUGUGCCAAAGUGUGGGGGGCUUUGUACCAUUUCAUUUUCAAGCAAAAAAGUGCGGGUGUCCAACUAUUUUCACUGCCAAAAGUAUUGAAAAACCCGCACCCCCCGAAGGGUCCGACACCCAUGUUUUUUCAAGGUUUGAUAUUGAUAACAGUGGGUAAAGUGUGGGUAUAAAAGCAUUUUCUUGGAAAAAAAAAAUUGAACAGCUGUAAUCAUUGACAAAAUCAUUUGGCUUUGAUGUUUGGCAUUGUGCUGAUUUGCUUCUGUUUUCUCAAUAAAGUUUCUGAUUCAAUUCA